CAGGGUUAGUACGUCCAACCCAACACACGGUUAAAUGCGGAGAAGGAAGCAGUGGCUUCUCCCGCAACGGCACAAGAACCACCACUACCACCAUCACUCCCUCCCCACUCCACUAGCCACUGCUGCUCCAACCCCUUCUUCCUCCAUCCGCCUCUUCUCCCAGACUCUCUCUCGCUCUCUCUCCAUCGCAACUUGCUAACAGUACUCCACAGACAGAAUGACUAAAGAUGAGGAGUUCAAGCUGGUCAAGAUCCAGAACCAUGUGCUGAGGGUGAACAUACACUGUGAUGGGUGCAAGCACAAGGUGAAGAAGCUGCUUCAGAAGAUUGAAGGCGUGUACUCGGUGGCCAUAGAUGUGGACAACCAUAAGGUCUCGGUGACUGGCGAUGUGGACUCUGAUACCUUGAUCAGGAAGCUCACCAGAGGAGGCAAGCAUGCAGAGCUGUGGUCACAGCAGAAGGGCAGCGGCAACCAGGGCCACAAGGGCAAUAACCAGCAGAAGCAGCAGCAGCAUCAGAAGCAAGGUGCCAAUCCAAGCAAGGAUGGCAACAAGAAGAACGGCGGCCAAAAGGACCAAGGCAAGCAAGGAGGAGUUGGAAGCUUCAUGCAGGACCUGAAGGCUUUCAAGAGCCAGCACAACAAUAAGCACCAGCUCGCUGAGCUCAGCUCAGAAGAUGAUGAUCUGUAUGAUAAUGAUGACGAUGAGUUUGACGAUGACUAUGAGGAGGAGCUCCGCUUCCUUGGGGACAAGAUGAGCCAGCUGGGAUUCCACAGCAAUAACCAUCAGAAUAACCACCACCAGAACCAGAACAAGAACAGCAACAAUGCCAAUGUCAACAAUAACCACAACAAUGCCAAUGGCAAGAAAAGCAAUGGCGGUGGCAUACCCAAUCACCACCAGAACCAGAAGAAUGUGAAUGUGAUGAACAUGGCUGCAGCAAAUGCCAAGAUGGGCAACGGUGUCCAGAACCAGAAGAAUGCAAAUGUGAUCAACAUGGCAGCAGCGAAUGCCAAGAUGGGCAAUGGUGCCCCGAGGAACACCGGUGCCAUCAAUGGCAUGUUGGGCCUGGGCCAUGGCCUGGGAGUGGGCAAUGCCGCUCCCGGCUUCCAAGGUUACACAGGCUUCAACCACCCAUCCUAUGCUGCUGCCGGCUAUGGAGGGCUUCAACAACAGCACCUCCAGCAGCAGCAGAACAGCAACCUCAUGACAAGCAUGCAGGGGUACAAUCAUCACCCCGUGGCAACGGCGGCAAUGAUGAACAAUUUGAGGGGCCUGAACAGCAACAUGACGAUGAUGCAUCAGCCCCAGCAGCAGCCGCAGAUGAUGUACCACUCGUCUCCCCAGAUCAGCCCUUACACUGGCUACUACAACCCUUAUAACUAUUACUACCAUCCUGGCAGCGCUGGUUACCCUCUGGCGAGCAAUGGGGAUGUGGAGACCAUGUUCAGUGAUGAGAAUACUAAGGGCUGUGUUGUCAUGUAGGGAUGUUGCUACAAUGUUAAAAUCUAGAGGUUGAUGAUGAAGCAUGUUAAUGGUGUUGCAGUCCUACCGUUUUUUCUCUCUUUUUUUACUUUCAUUAUUUUACUGCUCUUAUGGUUCCCCUGUAUCAAGAAUGAAUCAUGGUGCUGACUUAGAUGUGUUGUUCAAAUUAGGGGCACUUCAGAGGGUGAUCAAACAGUGAAAUGUAAUACCUUUUACUGCCUAGUGCUUUGCCCUGACUGGUUUGUUAUAAUUUGUAUAUUGUA